GGCCAAUAAGACCCGAGCACACUUUGCAGCUCUGUUGUUGCGUAACUCUGCAGGUUCACAGUCAGCCUCGGUUCAACCUCCAUUCAUCGCUUUACCUCUUCACAAUGGCAGCUCCGAAGAAAGUCUGCAUCAUCGGCUCUGGGAACUGGGGUUCUGCCAUCGCCAAGAUAGUGGGCGCCAAUGCUGCUCAGAAUUCAACUUUUGACACCGCUGUAAAAAUGUGGGUGUUUGAGGAGACGGUGAAUGGGCGCAAACUGACUGAAAUAAUCAACACGGACCAUGUAAAUGUCAAGUACCUUCCUGGGCACAAGCUGCCAGAAAAUGUGCUGGCCGUCCCAGACCUGGUGGAGGCGUCCAGCGAUGCAGACAUUUUGGUGUUUGUGAUCCCGCACCAGUUUGUUGCGAAAGUGUGCGACACCAUAAAGGGCAAGAUAAAGACUGAUGCGCUGGGGAUAUCCCUUAUCAAGGGCGUAGACGAGGGGCCCGAUGGACUUAAACUCAUCUCCGAUGUGAUCCAGGAGAAGCUCGGUAUCGCCAUGAGUGUGCUGAUGGGGGCCAACAUCGCCAAUGAGGUUGCUGAUGAGAAGUUUUGCGAAACCACCAUCGGGUGUAAGAAUGAAAACCACGGGGCUCUGCUGAAGGAACUCAUGCAGACCAACAACUUCCGAGUCACUGUGGUAGAGGAGUGUGAUGUGGUGGAGAUCUGUGGAGCCCUGAAGAACAUCGUUGCGGUCGGAGCAGGUUUCUGUGACGGCCUGGGCUUCGGAGACAACACAAAGGCAGCAGUGAUCAGGUUGGGCCUGAUGGAGAUGAUUGCAUUCGCCCGCAUUUUCUGCACUGCUGGUACCGUGUCCUCCGCAACCUUCCUGGAGAGCUGCGGUGUGGCCGACCUCAUCACAACCUGCUACGGCGGCCGCAACCGCAAAGUAGCCGAAGCCUUUGUGAAGACGGGGAAGUCCAUAGAGGAGCUGGAGAAAGAGAUGCUGAACGGUCAGAAGCUGCAGGGACCAGCAACAGCAGCUGAGGUCCAUCUCAUCCUCAAGCAUAAAAACCUAAUUGACAAGUUCCCACUGUUCAAUGCAGUGUAUCAUAUCUGCUAUCAGGGCCGUCCAGUCGCAGAGUUCAUAAGCUGUUUGCAGAACCACCCAGAGCACAUGUAAAAAACAACAAACUGACCAAGUGCCUUCUUAAUGGAGAACAUUACCACUUCUCACCGGUUACCCAUCAGAAACAGACAGGGAUGAUCACUCACUCUUCAGCUGUCAUGCAACUGAACGGCUCCAGCCAGUGAGUGUAGUUCAUGUUCACUUUUUUGGAGAGGUUGCUAUUCUAGUUUUACCACUUUGUCCUUAACAUUUAGUUUGUUUUUUUAAGUGCUUUCUUUCAUUUCCUGACAUAUACAUGAAAGUUGAAGGAUAUUUGUUGAAGGGUGUGCUUUCCCCAUGUGAUGGUCAGAUAGCUCUUUUUGCCUGAGAUAUGUUUUUUUCUCUCUGAGCCAGAUAAAAAUCAGAAUGCAUGGUGUCACUUUUCAAGACGGCAGCCAAAUUAAAAAACACUAAUAAAAAAAAUCCAGACUUUACUGGAUAUCAAAAUGAUCAUAAUUCAAUAUGAAUUUUUAAAAAAACAUUUGUUGACUCCUGUUUGAGUCGACCCUUGACUGCCAUUUGGUUAGUAACAUGUUUGUACGAUGUUUAUAUAGCACUACAUCAUGCAUUCAGAUUUUGGCAGGGCCAACCACUCAGGGCAAAGAUCUAUUGACAGCCUUCUGUAGAGGGAAUUAUCGUUAUCUAACAAUAAUGUUGCCGUCCAGUGAAUGCUUAUCCAUUACCGCAAGUUAUAUAAUCAUAGAUGUAAUACCUCAUUUAAUGUAUUUGUAUGCUCUAAAGUGUCUUAAAAAAAUUCACUAUGAUAUUUCCUGUCUUGUACUGUAUAUUAAUAUACUGUUGAACGCACAGCAACUGUUUUUAACAUAAAAAAUGCAAGUGCCUUAGAAUGCACGGUUGCUAAGUCUUGGCCAUUGUCUUUCUUUUUUUUUGUCCAACCAAAGACUUAAGUACUUAACGUCCGUCCACUAUUCCAUUUGUCAUUGUGACCCUGCCUGAUCCCGUUUUCACUUAGUUAUGGCUAAUGUGUGUUGGAAAUUGUGUCAACAUUUGUAUGCGAAUAAACAAAUUCUGUCGUCAAA